AUGGCGAAUAGGCAAUCCUCUCGCGCCUCUCGGAGCUCAACUGGAUUCAUCCCCCUCGGAGGAGGCGAUUCCCGCGACAUGGACAACGACAAUCCCGGCGGCAUCCCUCUGGCCCCCUUGACCACCGUCAAGAGCAGCGCUUCCACUACGGGGGCCAGAAGGCCGAUGCUCAAUGCCUACAGCAACGACGAGCACAAUGAGAAGCAUGGCGCGCACCACCGCCAUGCCGGCCGUCGACGGAGGAUGGACGACGAGAGCCUCAAGCGCAGACAGACCGGCGAGGACGUCAGCAUGAACGCCAUGGGCCGCCUGUACGCCAAGAUCAUCGGCUUCUCAGUCAUCACGCGAUACAUGGUCUACGUCGUCCCCGUCGGCAUCCUGCUGGCAGUCCCUCUGAUUGUGCUCCCCCUUACCGGCCACAAAAACGACAUCCGCCUCGGCACCAACGCCGGCGCCCACGGCCCCCCUCUGUUCUACCUCUUUCUCUGGAUUCAAAUAUCCUGGCUGUCCCUCUGGGGCGUCAAGAUGUGUGUCUGGUUUCUCCCCCACGUCUUCAUGUUCUUCUGCGGCAUCGUCAGCGCCGGCACUCGCAAGUACGCCACCGUCCUGAGCAACCUGACCAUUGUCAUCUCCAUCUUCUUCUGGGGCCUGGCUUCGUGGCUCACUUUCAAGACCAUCUUUGCCCAGGCCUACUCUGAUGGAAUUUCCUGGGUCGUCAACCUGGAGCGUGUGCUUGGUGCCUCCUUUGUGUCUUCUGCCAUCCUUCUUGGCGAAAAGGCCAUUGUCCAGCUGAUUGGUGUGUCGUAUCAUCAGCGAUCCUUUGACAACCGCAUCAAAGACUCCAAGCGGGAAAUCCACCUCUUGGGUCUUUUGUAUGACGCCUCUCGAACACUCUUCCCCAUGUACUGCCCUGAAUUUGCCGAAGAAGAUUAUAUCAUCGAAGAUAGUAUCGAGAUGAUGCUUCGACGCAAAGCAGGCAAGUCUGCCGUGGGUGGUGUUGCUCCUGCGAGGAUCAUUGGCGACGUCAGCCGAUUUGGUGACAAGGUGACAUCCGUCUUUGGCAACCUUGCCAGUGAAAUCACGGGCAAGCACGUCUUCAACCCCAAUUCAGCCCACUCCAUUGUCAUUGAAGCCCUGGAGAAGAAGCGAUCCUCCGAGGCCCUGGCUAGACGUCUCUGGAUGUCCUUUGUCAUCGAGGGCCGGGACGCGCUCUACCCCGACGACGUGGAAGAGGUUCUUGGACCGGCGUACAAGGCAGAGGCCGAAGAGGCCUUUGAGGCCAUUGACACUGACGCCAACGGAGACAUCAGUCUCGAGGAGAUGCUGCGUAAAGUUGUGGAGAUGGGCAAAGAGCGAAAGGCUAUUGCCGAAGGCAUGAAGGACAUUGGUCAGGCCCUAACAGCAUUUGAUAAGGUCUUGCUGUUCGUAGUGUUACUGAUCACUGUUUUCAUCUUCCUGUCCUUCUUCAACAGUAGCCUUCUGACAACCAUUGCCACCGCUGGAACCGCUCUUUUAUCUCUUUCCUUUGUCUUUGCCGUUACCACUCAAGAGUUCCUUGGUUCCUGCAUCUUUCUUUUCGUCAAGCACCCCUACGAUGUCGGCGACCGUAUCGAGAUUUCCGGCACGCAGAUGCUUGUCGACCGCAUUUCCCUCCUGUACACCGUUUUCACGCGCACCGAUAGGAUGCAGGUGUCCCAGGUUCCCAACAUUGUAUUGAACAACCUCUGGAUUGAAAACAUUACCCGAAGCAAGGCCAUGUCGGAGAGCUUCACCGUCGACGUCUCUUUUGACACCUCUUUUGAGGACAUCGAGCUGCUUCGCCAGGAGAUGGAGAACUUUGUUCGCGCCCCCGAGAACGCUCGAGACUUCCAUCCCGACUUCAGCAUUGGCGUUGGCGGUGUCAAUAACCUUGACAAGUUGACUCUCAAACUCGUCAUCAAGCACAAGUCCAACUGGCACAACGACCGCGUCCGAGCCACUCGCCGCUCCAAGUUCAUGUGUGCUCUGGCCAUUGCUAUGAAGAAGGUUCCCAUCCUUGCUCCUGGCGGCGGUGGCGAGGCUCUCGGUGGGCCCACCAAUCCUACUUACUCUGUGGCCGUGACCGACGCCUGGGCUGCUGAGAGUCGGGACAAGGCAGCCCAGGCAACCGAUGCCGGGCGCAUGGUACCGACAAUGCACCAGACCCCAGAGGAGCAGAUGCAGUCGGAGAAGAAUGCAGCCUCUGCGCUCAAUACGAACCGAAACCUCGCCGUCGAAACCAUGGGUGUAUGGGAUACUGAUAACCGCUCAAUCGCAUCCAGAGACCCAGGCGACCAACCGGAUCUUCUGAGGAAGGAGAGCAGCCAGCAUGGCGGCCGCCGACGAGCGGGCGAGGGCCUGACCGGACUUACACCUUCGGACAGCAACAAUGGAACAUUCCCCACAAGCCCUAGAAUCCAGACCUAUGAUGAGGAGGCCCAAACUGGAGUCCCAGGAUCUCAGUUUGGCGCUCAUCAGGAGGAGGGAACGUCUGUUGGUCGCCAGUCCAGCUACCGGGGCCCCAGCUUCGAUGUGAGCCGCAACAACGAGGACACACUCCACCUGCACCCCUCGGUUCAAGUCCCUGGCCGAGGCCUUAGCGUCGGUCGACGCCAACGAGGAUCGACAACCAGCAACCCUCACCACGAGGUGUAA